AUGGCCAACCUAGCCUCGCACACGACGCCGCCGUUGCACUCGACACACGGCUUCGUCGACCCGCAACCCGAGGAGCUUCCCCCGCACGUCUCGGGCUUCACCACCAAGCUCUACCACCACCUCGGCGUCGAUACGCCGUUCGACCCACAACAUUGCUAUGUCACCUCCUACCUCCUGCCCGUUCCGGCGCUUGCGGCAUUUCGGGUUCUUGUGGCGAUCUACAUGCUGGUGACCGCCUUCGCCACUGCUGCCGUGGAAGGCAUUGGCACCGUGACCUUUUUCACGUCUCUCAGUUACUGGGGUGACACGACGUACUUUGUCAUCAGCGCGAUUCACACCGUCUCCUUCUGGUGGUCUCUUCGGCGAUGGACCAAAGCUCGCAAGGCUGCAGGGGAGGGAAGGAUUGAGAUGCUCGAAAAGGCUUAUCCGCUCAACGGAGCGGCGCGCAUCGAGAUCGCUCGACACAAGGCCGCCAUCGAUGCUUUCCCAACCACCACCCACGAGGGAAUCGAAUCCCACCUCACCUAUCGCAAGACAUCCGAGUUUGAGAUCGGUGCGCGCUAUCCUCGAUCUUGGCUCUCCCGAAGCUUUCCGCGCCCGCUGCAGGUGGCUCAUACGUUCUUGGUCUCGACGGUGUCGUCCUUCCCCCUGGUGGUGCUGGUCAUCUUCUGGUCUAUUCUUCGUGGACCCAAUCCGCUAGGUGACCCUUACUCGGCAUUCGCCAAUAUCGGCAAGCACACGCUCAACUACGUGCUUACCGCACUCGAUCUCAUCGUUCUAUCGAGAACACCCCUCCGGCCUUGGUGGCACCUCAUCCCGCUCGUCUCGAUCCUCGCGCUCUAUCUGGGGAUUGUCGACAUUACCUACAAACGAUUCGGCGUGUGGGUGUAUGGAUUUUUCAACGUGCAGCAGUUUGGCGUGCCGUUGGUGGUGUGCGUGUGCAUCCUGUUGGCGGUCUGCGCCGUGACGGCGUUCUUGGUUACGCAGGGGUUGAUGCUGUUGCGCGAAUACGUGGCGGCCAAGGUGCAGGGCAGUGGUGGAUGGGGAUCUGCCAAGGCGGUUGGUGUUCCCGACGAUGCCUGCAUUCCCACCCUCAGAGGACCAGGUCCUCUCGGUGGUGGAGGAAGGAGGACCAAGCCGGGUCACGACGUCGUGCAUCUCAGGGGUAGGUUCCCCCAGAACGCGCUCACCGGUAGGAGGUCCAGUGGCAUUGUGGUGGACGACGUGCACAUUCAAGCGCUGUCAGGGAUCGGGUCGGAACUCAACGUCGAAGAGACCAAGAGCGUCGGUGCUAGGUCGUUGAGGAGGCCAAGCACAAGGUUCGAGGGCUACGACGACGGGUUUGGACGGACGAGCAUGAGUAGGAACAGGCUGGACUUGCCUAAUCCGGAUGCGAGCAGUAGUCAGGCACAGCUGUUCGAUCCCGUCCGCUGGUAG